AUGUCUCGAGCAUUCACUGAACUCAUCGCAUUGUCCCGAUCGAGCAGGCACGUCAACAGGCAACAAGGUUUGUUGCCUGUACGCGAGAGCUAUGUGAGACCACAAAUAUGCGCUCAAUGUGCCUUGAACAUACGAAGAUGGAGACGUCAAGGCCCCAUACCACCAUCGCCACCUCAUAGACCUUUCAGCACGUAUCCAGCACUAUUUAAGAAAGGUGGCAAAGCAGCUCGUGAAGAGAAAUCAAGCACAUCUCCCACCAGUGCGAAAGGAAAUGCCGGCGGCACAGCCACGGACGACCCCUUCGACUUCACCACCCUCGAAGCCGAUAUCGCAUCUGCCGUGGAACGACUAAAGAACAACCUCUCGAGACUCCGAGCAGGUGGCCGCUUCAACCCUGAAGUCCUGGAGAAUCUACGAGUACAGCCGGAUAAAAGCAGUAACCAGACUGUGAAAUUGAGUGAUGUGGCUCAAGUGAUACCCAAAGGACGGGUGGUGCAAAUUAUGGUUGGGGAGAAAGAUCACAUAAAGCCCAUAACCACCGCCAUCCAAUCCUCCACCCUCUCCCUGACACCCCAAGCCGACCCCACAGGCACCAACCCAUUACUCCUGCUCAUCAACAUCCCGCCUCCUACAGCCGAGAGUCGGAAAGCCGUGGUCGACGAGGCUUCCAAAGCUGGCGAGAAAGCUGGAACGAGUCUGAGGGAUGCAAGGGGUAAACAGCAGAAGAAGCUAAGGGCGCUGCAGGUGGCGAAGAGUGCACGGCCGGAUGAUCUGAAGAAGGCGGGGACGUUGAUGGAGAAGGUUGUCGAGAAGGGGACGGGGGAGGUCAAGAGGAUUGUGGAUUCUGCUAGGAAGGUUUUGGAAAGUGGCUAG